AUGUUAGCGGUGACCAAUAUAAAUGCUGACAAUAUCUCAGAAGGUGACUGUCAUUGGACUCCCAUCGCAUGGACAGCUGUGCAUCUUUCCACUGCAGUGGUCCAGAUGUCUCAAGAAACCCAAAGGAGUCCCAGACGGCGGCACUUUAGCGUUUCUGAAAGAUACUUAUCGGCGGAGCGAAGAGAAGGCCAGAACCAACAAAUAACUGAAGCAUUUCGACGACCACGGCUCCUCUCUGAUGCAGGUGACCCACUUCAACUACCUCUGCGUAGUCGGACUACUUCCGACCAUCGUCGCUUCUCCACCUACGCAUCUGAAAGUUCCCCAAAUGACCUGCAAAUUCGAGAAGUUACCGGUAGCGAAUCGACCUCGCUACCCUUGGAAGAUUCUUUAUCUUUGUCGAGGUCUAGCACGGAUGACUUAAAGGACUCACCUAAAAUGGUCGAGCUGAAUCUUCAAUUGACCACACGAAAUUUUUUUAAAAAGGAUUUGUCUACUGGCAACCACUCCAGUGAGAUAGAGCGGACAAUUAUGGAAGCCUUCAAACUCCAAUCCUCCACUCCCAAUAUUAGCCCUUGGAUACACGAUAUGCUCACUCGAGUAGGGCACGCUCAUCCUCUACGUCGAUUAAAGACGUUCAGCGGACAAAUGGAAGUUUCAAUGACGGGAAUAAUUGUAUCGCCUUGUGGACUCUCCCACCACAUUCAAAGAGCCAAUUUCCGCUCUACUGAAGGCGAGGAUCUCCUCACAAAUGGCUCUUCAGAAACAAGGUUUCAGGAGAUUGUCGAAUUUCCCACCAUCGGAAGAGUUUUUCCUUUCAAUUUUCCAAGAUCACCGGAAUUCACGGAUGAGAUCAAGGUGCUUCUCCCAAAACGACUCAAUUCGAGUCACCAUCUGCUCUUCACUUUUGUUCAUGUCGAAAUUUCGCCUGCAUGUGAUACCAAUGAGUCCGUUCUCGGCUAUUCGUGGCUUCCAAUUCUCAUCAACGAUCAAAUAUGUUCUGGAGAAGAGACGCUUUAUUUAACUCACGAUCAACCAACCUCUAAAAUGGCCCAAACGAUACCUCGGCAUGUCGAGACCUUGACAAAGGAUAGCAUGGAAAGUGGUGAACUAAAUGCCCUUAUCAAAACAUCCUUUCAUCUCCGUGUAGUUCCAGUAAGCAGUUUGUACCAAGACGAUGAUUGUGUGGCCUCAAUCAUACACGCUUGUAAUUUCGCGAAUUUUGAAGAAAUUUGCGGGUCUCUGAGUGAACAUGAUAUCUUUUCUACUCAACCAGCCUUGGAUUCCCUAUCUUCUCCCCCACCACUUCUGGUUCACCUACAGAAGGCGAAACUAAACUACCUUGUUUUGCAUUUGGUACCAAUAAUGGAUGGACUGCUGCAGACUCUGGGAGUCUGCCUGGUUCAAAAUAAAACUAAACCGUCUCAAAAUUUGCUCACAUUGUUGGCUUUCUACAUCCAUCGCAUAUCGAAGGGUCUUUCUGACUGGGAAGAAGAAUCCACUGGACGUAACCACUUUAUAUGUGCAUAUUUAUCAGGUAUCGGGAGGUCCUCCACUGACCAUGUUCUUCCAUACCUUCUCUCUGGGUAUCCAAUGAUGGGACUUAGUUGGUUUGAUGAUGUAUCCAACUACCUCCGCGGAUCUAGUGAACCUGUAACCAGGAAACUGCAUGAAGAAUUACUUCAAUGUCUCAUCGCUCAGAUUGCUACUGACACGCCGUUUUCUAGGAACUUUUGCGAGGAGACAUUAUGGUUCUUUUUAGAACUUCUGAUUCGAACUCUGAUCGUGGAGUGCAAGAUUAAUGCGGAAUCCGCCAGUCAUGCUUUCGUGGAUAGUCUGGAUGUUUUUACUCGAGAGAUUACAAAAAGCAUCUUGACCCGUAUAAGGCUUGACGACAAUGCGGAAAGCCUUGGAAGCACUCGCCUUGUCAACCGUGCCUUCGCAUUUUUUUUGCAGGAUUUGCUAACUCAUCUCAACGCUACUCAUGUGUUUCGGCUUAUAUCAACCUAUAUGCAAGCG